AAAAGACAGUAAAUCAGGACACUAUAAAAGGAACAUGAGAGGCUGUGAGGAUGACAGAGCAAGAGCUGGAAACAAACAUCAGUGAAGAAUGAAGGCUUUAGUAUGUAUACUGCUGCUGUUGGAAACCUUUGUGUUUGUCGUCCAGCAGCAGGUAGAUGGAGGACUCAAUGAGAAUGAGAUCAGUCAACAGAUCAGCUCUGAGGACGGAAGACAGAAUCCACCUCAAACAGACACUUUGAGAGCUGAAGCUUCAACUGACAGACAACAAUACUGUGAUCUGGGCAUCCCUGACAUCCAUGCAGCACUGAGAGAACUGACCGCCACCGUUACAGAGCAGAAAGGAAACAUCAGAGAACUGACCGCCACCAUUACAGAGCAGAAGGAAAUCAACAGAGCUUUAGAGACGCAACAGACGUUUAUCCUGGAAGAGCUGAAGAAGAAAAAUGAAGAAAUUUCAAAUCUUACUCUGGGUCAAGUGGAGUUGAGAAAGGAAAAUAGAGACAGAGAAAUAGCUUUUUCAGCUGCACUGAUGGAAUCUGGCGAUGGAUAUAUUGGUCCUUUUACCACUGAAAUCACACUAACCUACAAGAACGUCUUCACAAACAUAGGGAACGCCUACAACCCAAUUACAGGUAUUUUCACAGCCCCACUGAAAGGAGCGUACAUGUUCAGAUUCUCUGUAUAUAAUUAUGGCUCAACUACAGCAACUGCAUCCAUUGUUAAGAAUGGACAGAAGGUGGUUAUUGCACAUGAACAUCAGCCUCAGAAUGAUUUAAACUCAUCAAAUGGAGUUGUGUUGAUCCUGGAGGUUGGAGAUGUUGUCUAUGUGAGACUUUGGUCUGGCAGGAGGAUAUAUGAUAGUUAUAAUAACCACAACACUUUCAGUGGUUAUCUACUGUUUCCCUUAAGAUAACAGGAGAUUUGAAGAAUGUGAUUCCAAUAAUUCUGAACCUUCAGCGUAUGAUUUAAGAUGAAAAUUAUGAAGAAU